AUGGCUGCGUCGGACCGGAUGGUGCUGGCACCUCUGGUGGGCGCCAUCGAUCAGGGCACCAGUUCCACUCGUUUCCUGGUUUUUAAUGCAAAAACAGCAGAGCUCUUGAGCCACCACCAAGUUGAGAUACAACAGAAAUUCCCUAGAGAAGGAUGGGUGGAACAAGAUCCAAAGGAAAUAUUAAAGUCUGUCCAUGAAUGUGUGGAAAGGACCUGUGAGAAACUUCAGCAACUGAAUAUACCCAUCGUUAACAUCAAAGCCAUUGGAGUCAGCAAUCAGAGAGAAACAACAGUGGUUUGGGACAAGACAACUGGAGAACCUCUUUAUAAUGCCAUUGUAUGGCUUGACCUGAGAACCCAGUCAACAGUUGAACGGCUUAUUAAAAGAAUUCCAGGAAAAAACAAAGCCUUUUUUAAGUUUAAGACUGGUCUUCCACUUAGCACUUAUUUUAGUGCAGUGAAACUCCGAUGGCUUUUGGAUAAUGUGGAAGAGAUUAAGAAAGCAGUUGAUGAUGGAAGAGCUAUGUUUGGGACUAUUGAUUCAUGGCUUAUAUGGAGUUUGACAGGUGGAAAGAACGGAGGUGUUCACUGUACAGAUGUAACCAAUGCCAGCAGAACAAUGUUGUUCAACAUUCAUUCCUUGGAAUGGGAUCCUGAGCUCUGCCAGUUCUUUGAUAUUCCUAUGGAAAUACUUCCAAAAGUACGAAGCUCCUCUGAGAUAUAUGGUCUGAUGAAAAUCUGUCCUAGCCUGAAAUCUGGAGCCUUGACAGGUGUACCAAUUUCUGGGUGCUUGGGUGACCAGUCUGCUGCUCUUGUUGGGCAAAUGUGUUUUCAAGAUGGGCAGGCAAAAAAUACGUAUGGAACAGGUUGUUUCUUGCUCUGCAAUACAGGUCAGAAGUGUGUGUUUUCUGAGCAUGGUCUUCUAACCACAAUAGCUUACAAACUGGGCAGAGACAAACCUGUUUGUUAUGCACUAGAGGGAUCUGUGGCAAUAGCUGGUGCUGUUAUUCGCUGGCUGAGGGACAAUCUAGGUAUUCUCAAGACUUCACAGGAAAUUGAAAAACUGGCCGCGGAAGCAGGGACCUCUUAUGGCUGCUACUUUGUGCCAGCAUUUUCAGGACUGUAUGCACCAUACUGGGAACCCAGUGCAAGGGGUAUCAUCUGUGGCCUUACUCAGUUUACAAAUAAAAACCACAUCGCCUUUGCUGCACUAGAAGCAGUCUGCUUUCAAACACGAGAGCUUUUAGAUGCCAUAAACAAGGACUGUGGGAUACCACUAAAUCAGCUACAAGUAGACGGGGGAAUGACCAAUAACAAAGUCCUCAUGCAACUCCAAUCAGACAUUCUCUGUAUUCCAGUAGUAAAGCCAUCAAUGCCUGAAACAACAGCUCUAGGAGCUGCUAUGGCAGCAGGAGCUGCAGAAGGAGUUGGAAUUUGGAGUCUGAAUCCUGGAGAUUUGACAGCAGUGACAUGUGAACGAUUUGAACCACAGAUCAACCCAGAGGAAAGUGAGUUUCGCUAUGCCAGAUGGAAGAAAGCUGUGAUGAAAUCUAUGGGCUGGGAGACCUCUGAAGGUUCUUCAAAUGGUGACCCUAGUAUCUUCUCUAGUCUGCCUUUGGGGUUUUUUAUUAUGAGUAGCAUGAUAAUGUUUAUCGGAGCAAAGUACGCCUCAGGUUAG